GACGUUUGACAGACAUUUUUGACAUCAAAAAGUAUAAAUCCGAUCUUUCAGUAUUCGUAUUGGUCCUUCUGCCACAUGUAUAUUACAUCAGAUUUUUAAAUCUUGCAUUUGAAGCGGUUUCGCAUAUAUUAUUGAAGGAAAUUAGGUCGCACACGAACAGUUUAGCAGAAUGGUGGUGUUAUCUUGUCGAUUUUACAAAGAAAAGUAUCCAGAGGUCGAAGAUGUGGUCAUGGUCAAUGUGCGAGCAAUCGCCGAAAUGGGCGCAUACGUUUACCUACUGGAAUACAAUGCCAUCGAGGGCAUGAUCUUGCUAUCGGAAUUGUCCAGACGUCGUAUUCGAUCAAUAAACAAAUUGAUCCGUGUCGGCAAAACUGAACCGGUCGUCGUCAUUCGUGUGGACAAAGAGAAAGGUUACAUUGAUUUGUCGAAGCGUCGUGUAUCGGCCGAAGAUGUUGAAAAGUGUACGGAACGUUUUGCCAAAGCCAAGGCGGUGAAUUCAAUAUUGCGACACGUAGCCGAUAUUUUGAAGUUCGAGUCGAAUGAACAAUUGGAGGAAUUGUACCAAAAGACGGCUUGGCAUUUCGAGGAAAAAUAUAAGAGCAAAGCAGCCGCUUAUGAUGUUUUCAAGCAAGCUGUGAUUGAUCCAUCGAUUUUGGAUGAAUGUGGUUUGGAAGAGAAUACGCGGGACGUAUUGUUGAACAACAUUCGAAGGAAGUUGACUUCACAAGCGGUCAAAAUUCGUGCUGACAUUGAGUGUGCUUGCUAUGGCUACGAAGGUAUCGACGCAGUGAAGGCUGCUCUCCGAUCCGGUUUGGAACUGUCGACGGAAGAACUUCCAAUCAAAAUCAAUCUCAUUGCUCCGCCACUCUAUGUGAUGACCACAUCGACACCGGAAAAAGUAGAUGGGCUCAAAGCUCUAGAGGGAGCUAUCGAAAAAAUUAACGAAACUAUUACCAAGUUGGGUGGCGUCUUCAAAGUGCAAAUGGCGCCGAAAGUGGUCACUGCUACUGAUGAAGCCGAUUUGGCCAGACGAAUGGAACGAGCCGAGGCUGAGAAUGCCGAAAUCGAUGGCGACGAAGACGAAGAAGAGGAGGAGGGAAUGAAAUUCGAUGGUGAAGGGAAUGGCGAAGGCGACGAAGAUGAUGAUGCAGCUGGUAGUGAAGCCGACGAACCAACUGCAGAAAAAUAACCGCCAUUCGUUGACAAUCGUUUUGUGGUGGUGCAUUUUGAAUAAAAAAAAGUUUUGUUUCGCUGCGCUGAUGGAAAAAUCAUUUUUUGUAAUAUCAAAAGUAUGUGGACACAUAAA